ACCCAUUGGUCUGUUUGUUCAUCUUAGUAGGAAACUCACCAUCGACAGAAGGCGUAGCGCUAAAUUCGAAGGCCAUGGAAAUUUUGAUCUACAGUAGUUGAAACCUGACGCUGUAGCUAUUUAGUUUCAGGGCAAUUCAUUUGAAUGAUUUGAAUUAGAGUCUAAGGCCUUCAAGCUUCGAAUCACCUCACAUGGAUCGGAAAAAUCCUCAAUCAGAAGUGUUCUUGGAGGAAUGGAAUGGUUCUUCAUUAUCGGAGCUUCGGAAGACUGCCACCAUAACUGUUUCUCCUUCCCUGUCCAUCCAAAGAUCUGGUUCUCGUUUCAAAAUCGUGGGGAGACGAUUCUUUGACGCGUUUGUACCGGAGGGGUUUCCUAGUAGUGUGACCCCCGAUUAUGUUCCUUUUCAAAUAUGGGACUCAUUGCAGGGUCUAUCGACAUACAUUAGGACCAUGCUCUCUACCCAAGCUCUCCUGAGCGCCAUUGGGGUCGGAGAGCAAUCAGCAACUGUCAUUGGUGCAACAUUUCAGUGGUUUUUGAGGGAUUUAACUGGAAUGAUUGGAGGUAUCUUAUUCACAUUUUACCAGGGAUCAAAUCUGGACAGCAAUGCUAAAAUGUGGCGCUUGGUUGCAGAUUUCAUGAAUGAUCUUGGUAUGUUGAUGGACCUUGUUUCCCCCUUGUUUCCUUCAGCAUUUAUGCUCAUCGUUUGCUUGGGGAGCCUGUCAAGAUCAUUCACCGGUGUGGCAAGUGGAGCUACUAGAGCUGCUUUAACACAACAUUUUGCCCUUCAGAAUAAUGCUGCUGAUAUAUCUGCCAAGGAAGGAAGUCAAGAAACAGUAGCAACAAUGGUAGGCAUGGCGAUUGGUAUGCUUCUUGCUCGUAUUACCAUGGGAUGCCCACUGGCCAUCUGGCUUUCUUUUCUAUCUCUCACGUUGUUCCAUAUGUACGCAAAUUACAAGGCUGUUUGCUGCCUUUCCUUGACUUCACUCAACCCUCAGAGGUGUUCAAUUGCUUUGCAGCAUUUUAUUCAGACUGGCCAAGUUCUCUCUCCUCAACAGGUUUCUAAGAUGGAGCAUGUUUUACCCACAUGGGUUUCUUCAUGGAGUUUAAGGAGUAUUAAGUUAAUCCAUACACGUGUAAGAUUAGGAGAGAGGAUCUCUUCACUAAGUCACUCAGAAAUGAAGGAGCUGUUGCAGUUGGCAGGUGCCAAUAGUAACAAAGUGAAGUACCUUCUAAUGGAGAGGAAGGCAAUUAUCCGUGUUAUUGUGCGAAAAGAUGCAACUGCUCAUGACAUCUUCCAAUCAUUCUUUCAUGCACUUGUUACGGCUUAUGUUCCUGAUCAGGCAUCUAGGCAUUUGGAAAGCCUGUCGUGGAUGGACAAACAUUAUGAAGAUUUUAUUCAAAAGCUGAAGCUAUCGGGCUGGAAGACAGAUCGUCUACUAUCUCCGUCAGUUUGUUGGAGAGCCAACUGGGUCUGCAGUCCCAGAGAUGAGAAAAUUGACUAAACCUCAGUGGUCACUAACCAUAAAAGAGCAGCACAUGGAGGCUUGCAGUUAAAUAUAAAACAGGUUAGGAGCUCUCUCUAAGAAGAAAAACUCGUUCAAAGUGCUGGGGGCAGUCUCAAGAGCUGAUCAAUAUUCCUACAGAAAAUCACGCUUACAUUUAUGCUCAAUCCUGUAGUAUUAGAAAACCAUGACCAAUUUUUAUAUUCAAGAGUGGCUAUCUUUUCCAUUUUUACUCAUUUCUUUUCGAGUCUACAGCUUGAAACGUACCGAUAUUGUUGAACUAUACUCAUAUUAGCCAUAAAUCAAAUCUUUAUGCAUCAUAAUAA